GUAUUUGUCGCGUUUCCUAGCUCAAAUAAAGAGGGCUGUCUUUCUCUCUCAGUGUGUGUCUUUCUUUCUUGAUCAGAAACCCUGUUUCUUGGUUUACUUCAGCCCCACUGGAUUUUCUUGAGUGCAGAAGUUUGAUUCUUUUCUCAAUUUUCUUGUGGGAGAAGUUAAGGAAGGAUGAACAGCAUGGUUUGGAUUGAAGGAAGCGGGGAGGAGGAAAUUGCUUCAUGGGCUAAAAGCAAUAAUCAUGGUGGUUUUGAGAACAAUGAAGACAUGGAAAUGGGUGCGCUUUGUACAUUCAAUUCCAUGCUUGAAGCUGAAGAUGACGAUUGGUACACAACCAACGCCGCAGCCGGGGGCGGGGGCGCCAUGCAUGGCGGCCAGCAUGUCAUCUCAUUCUUGAAUGAGUCUGGUGGUAACAAUAACCAGCUGCUUUUGCAGGCAGUGGAUUCUUCUGCGUCCUGUUCUGCAGCAUCAGCUUCAGUUUUCAACAAUCUUGAUCCAUCUCAUCAUCAGGUGAGCUAUUUCUUGCCACAAAAAUCGUUAAGCCAAACAAUCCCCAACUACCCUUUUGAGGGAACUAUUGAUUUGGGCUGUGAGAAUGGGAUUCUUGAAAAUAGGGGGGGUGGGAUUUUGGUUGGUGGCGGUGGUGGUGGUGGUUUGAGUGAUUUGGGGGCUCAAUAUCUAUUGGGUACUUUGAAUUUGUGCCCUAAUAAUCCUCAAUUUGGGGCUAAUAGUUUCCUUCAAUUGCCUCAAAGUAGUGGUGGGAGUUCUUUGUUGUUUAAUAAGCCCAAGAUUCUUAAGCCACUUGACAAUUUUGCUUCAGUUGGAGCACAGCCAACUCUCUUUCAAAAGAGGGCUGCCCUUAGGAGAAAUCUUGGCAGCAAUUUGGGGUCUUUGAACUUAGUUAAUCAGAUGAGUCUAAAAUCUCCGAGCAGUGGAGCUAUUGGAGAGGUGAAUGAAAAGAAGAGAAAAGCGAGUAGUGUGGAUGAUCUUGAGGACAUCAGUAUUGAUGGGACUAAUCUGAACUAUGAUUCUGAGGAUCAAGUGUUUGAGAAUAGUUCUGCCAAUAAGUUGGAAGAGAGUGAUAAGAACGGCGGUAAUAGCUCCAUCACAGGCGGGGAUCAGAAGGGCAAGAAGAAAGGGCCACCGGCCAAGAAUUUGAUGGCGGAGAGGCGCCGGAGGAAGAAGCUAAAUGAUAGGCUCUACAUGUUGAGGUCGGUUGUGCCCAAGAUCAGCAAGAUGGACAGGGCUUCUAUACUAGGGGAUGCAAUCGAUUAUCUAAAAGAACUUCUGCAGAAGAUAAACGAUCUCCACAAUGAACUGGAGUCGACCCCUAGUAGCUCGUCACUGACUCCGGCUGCUUCCUUGUACCCCUUGUCGCCUAUGGCUUCCGGACUUCCUGCCUGUAUCAAAGAAGAACGUAGUAGCCCGCGUGCAUUUGUGAGUCCUUUGUCAAGCCCCACAGGACAACCAGCAAGGGUCGAGGUCAGGCUACGAGAAGGAAGAGGCGUAAACAUCCAUAUGUUCUGCUGCUGCAGCCCAGGCAUUCUACUCUCCACGAUGAGGGCUAUCGACAACCUCGGGCUAGACAUUCAGCAAGCCGUUAUUAGCUGCUUCAACGGGUUCGCUAUGGACAUUUUUCAAGCUGAGCAAUGCCGGGAAGGACAUGAGCUCCACCCCGAUCAGAUCAAGGCCGUGCUUCUGGACUCAGCCGGCUUUCCUGGGAUGGUUUAGAUGCAUGUUAACAGUCCAAUGCAAAGAGCUCAACGUAGACAGACCCCCAGAUCUUGAUGGCCCCUGGUAGAUCAUAUAGCCGGUUUCUCUUUCUGUCGUGCAUGGAUCAAUCACAGAGAUUCAAGUUUCUUACCCAGAAUUUUGGCAAGUUAUUCGAUUGUUUACAGAUUUGAGCUUUUUAGCCAGAACGACAAGUUAGAACUCUGCUGACUGACUUGUUUAGAUAAACCCCGUCGGAAUUUUAAUUUUAUAUUCUAUA